AUGGAAGACAAAGACCUCGAGGCGUCCCUAGUUGCCACGGUCAAGGAGCUCUUUUCCGGCCCCAGCCGUGAAGACCUCUCCGUCAAUACCGUGCGGACCAAAUGCGAGAAGAAGCAUGACCUCGAGGACGGGUUCUUUGCCAAGGGCGAGUGGAAGACAAAGUCGAAAGAGAUCAUCAAGAACCAAGUGAACGAGCUUGUCGCAAAAGAGGAGAGCGGGGAGCCCGCGUCUUCGCAGGUGGCUCCUUCUGUAGAGGAUAAGGAGCCGUCGCCGAAGCCCAAGGGAAAGAAGGCGCAGAAGAAUGGCACCAAGCGCGCACAGCCCAAAGCGACCAAGCCCGCCCCGAAGAAGAGACAGAAGAAGGCCGCGCCAAAGGCCAAGUCGGAAUCAGAGUCCGAGCUGAGUGAACCGCCAGAAGAUGACGAGGAAGAAGAAGAGGAAGACAAUGAUGAUGAUGCAUCCGAAAAAUAUGAGGAAGAGAAGGCCAAACCCAAGAAGAGGCAACAAAAGAAGGCCAAGGCACCACAGCGCGGUCGCAAGCGAAAGGCUGCCGAGCCAGACGAAGAAGAUGAGAAAUCCUCCAUCGUGGCCGACGGAAUAGAGGUCUCGACCACGGCCGUGAAAGAGGAGGCAGACGAGAAGGAAGACUCGCCCCUGUCCGAGCCCCCCAAGAGCGAAGAGGAAGAAACCAAGCCAUCCGUGGCCGUCAAGGACGAGGGCGAUAGUAGCCCCUUGUCCUCGGUGAUUGACGACGAGCCUCCGCCUCCCAAGAAGAAGCGCAAGUCGAAGGAAGCACCCGCCAAGAAGACCAAGGCGGCCGUGGAGGAUGACGAUGGCAACAGCAGCGAGCUAUCCUCGGUGAUCGACGACGACCCGCCGGCAAAGAAGAAGCGCAAGUCCAAGGAGCCAGCGGCCAAGAAGGCAACUGCGUUGUCCAAGGGUGCCGCGGCGGAGAAGGGUAGCCCGGACGAGGCCGAGAUCAAGAAGCUGCAGGGGCAGCUGGUCAAAUGUGGCGUGCGUAAGAUCUGGGGGUUCGAGCUGAAGGGUUGCGGAAGCGACGCCAAAGCCAAGAUUCGGCACCUGCGCGGAAUGCUGCGAGACGUGGGCAUGGACGGACGGUUCUCCGAGGCCAGGGCAAGAGAGAUCAAGGAGAAGCGCGAGCUGGCGGCCGAGCUGGAGGCGGUCAACCAGAUGAACGACCUCUGGGGCGUCGAAGGGCGGCGGGGCCGGAGGUCUGCGGCGCCCAAGAAGAAUUUGAGGGAGGAUAGUGGGGAUGAUGAUGAUGAUAAUGAACAGGAUGAGCAUAAGAAGCACGCUGAUAAGGGGGUCAAGGACAAGGGUGACGGGGAGGAGGGGGAAGACAGCGAUGCGCCAAAGGUCAGCUCGCGGAGUAGGAAGGUCAGGCCGGAGCUGGCUUUCUUGGGCGACGACGACAGUGACGACGACUGA